AUGACCUCCGUGAUGGACAUGCUGAUGAAGAAUGUGAGUGCGCAGGAGAUGGCGCGAGCCAGGCGGGCCAGCCAGCAGGUGGCGCAAGCUCCGGGGGAGCCUGCCACCAGCGCUGGGCCGCCGGCCGAAGACGACGCUGUCUCUGAGGCCCCACUUGCUUCAGAGAAGGGCGAUGCGAAACUGCCCGCCCUGCCACCGGGUGUCCACCGAUUCAUGAAACAGACCCGGGCAAACCUGGACAAGAGCACCUACCGGAGAUUUCAAGCGGUGCAUUGGGGUGAGGCAAGGGAUGCGGUGGCGAUCGCCUGGAAGGAAGAGGCAGAGAGAAUUCUCUGCGAUUUCGAGUUGAAAUCAUCCAAAGACGCACUUGCCUUCCUGCAGAGCAUGGACUUGUCCGUUGCCUCUUCAGCUACGAUUGAAGCAAAACGCUGUCUCUUGGUGGAGUCGCUGCAGAACGGCCGCAUUCAGCAGGUGGAAGACCGGCUGUGCCUGGUUGCCCUCAAGACACUCGCCCACCUAGAUGAAGUUCCUUCUGGCUUCAAUUUGCGAAGCCGUCCUGACGGCUUCCACGCCGAAUGGAGUGGGAAGAAGGGAAUGCUGCUCAAGGUGCACAAAUCCGCUGCUGCAGCCUGUGCUUUCUUGCAGAGUAUGCAAGCUGCUGAGCAGAGCGGGGCGGUGGAGAAGUCGCUCAAGGAGCUGGAAAAUCAAGGCUCAGCAGCAGGGGAGUCGCAGAAAGCUAUCCGGGCACUGCUGAAGCAUUCGAGCUCGCAAGAACUGGGCCAAGCCGUGCUGGAACUAGCCGAUGCUGAGACUGAGACGCCUGCCGUGCUUGCAACUGCCGAAGACAUUACGGCGGAGUUCCUAGCACCCAUGUCGCAGAUGGGGCCGGAGCUGUGUGUCGCCGAGGUUGGCGUGUACAAGGGAAUGCUGAGGUAUCUGCAUUCUGCGACCGACCCUCGCGGCCUCCUGGCUGCCACUUCCGAUCUUGUCUGCCGGGACUUGAUCUUGAGUUCUGGGACGCCCCUGCGGGACGUGCUGAAGACACCCGAGCUGCAGGAACGCUGGAAGGCUCUCGACGUGAAACCAGUGGGCAUGGUGGUGCAAGGAGGGGCGUCGCCGCAGCAGCAUCACGAAGAUCUGGAGAUCCUGCGGCAGGCAAAUCCGUCCGCCGAGCAGCUGCUGUUUAUGUCCUUCCCCGGGCCUAUUUCAUGGCAGGUGCAAUUCAACAACGGUCUCCAGUGCUGUAGAGCGGAGCCGAACUCCCACGUGGGUCGGAGAGCGGGUAGGACCAGCUUCACAGCAGCCAGACUGGAACAGCUGGGCGUCACGUUCGAGGACGAAGCACGGGCACUGGCACUGAGGGCCAUCCAAGCCACCACGGAAGCAGGGAUGCAGCGGGUUGAGAGACGCACCCAAGCCCAGAUCAUACCCGUGCCUCCUGAUGGACUUUGCUGCUACCAUGCCCUGAUUGCCGGCCUCGACUGCAUAGACCGAACGUCGUUGGGCUUCGCCAGGAACAGUCGGCAACAGCGGCUGGAAGCAGGGGCGGCUUACGCACUCCGGAACCUGGCGCUGGAGGCAACAGCCGACCUGGAAUUUCCGGAGUGGCUGGCGCGGCUCGCCCACAACGCCGCCCAGCAGAUGCCUGUGGACGUGCAAGAGCUGCACUGGCUUGCACGUUCGCUGGAGCUGCGGAUACGGUGCACCGUGGACGCAGAGGUGCUGCAGUGGGUUGUCGGCAUCAACGAGGAUGCCAUCUAUGGGGAUUGUACCGACGACACCUAUGACGUCCAUGUGUACUUCCGCUGUCUCACAGGCGAGGACGGCAGACGAUGCAGCCACUUUGAUCUUCUUCUCCCGUAUUCCGAAGGCGAUGAGCAGAUCGGAAUGGUGAUCCCCGUGCCGCCUACAGUGAAGCCCGCCCCUGUUUGUGAAAUGUACAAUGAUCGGUUUCCUGGCCAGCAGAUGGAACCGAUGAACGACAAGCCUGAGGAGCAGAAUCAGGAGAACGUUUUGCAGGGGGAUGAAGUUGAGACGAUGGCCCCGCAGAUCACGGAGGAGCAGAAGGACAAACAGGCCGAGUCCCAGGAGCAGAGAGGGGAGCAGAUAAAGGAGGGAACGGCCAACAGCGAGUCCCCGGAACAGGGCGAGGAGCCGCCGAUGCCUGCGGAGACCCCGAAGCUACUGACGGAGAAUCGCCAGGAUGAGAAUGCAGAGAAAAAGGAGGAGGACACUGAGACCAAAGGUGAGGCCAAGAACGAGCUCCCGCAGCAGAGGCAGAAUCAGCAGGUGGACAUCCCAGACAAGAAUAAGGAUGAGGCAGGUGAGACCAGUCAUCAGGGGCUUGAACAGCAGCAAGAGCAGGCUGACAAGCAGUUGCAUGAUGAGCAGAGGGAAGUUGAGGAACUGGAGGAAGAGGACAAGGGCGAGGGAGGGGAGGAGCAUCAGGAAAGCAACAACGGGCAGCAGGAAGAGGAGCAGCGGCAGGAAAACAACCAGGGGCUGCAAGAAAAGAGUCAGGGAGGGAAGGAGCAGGAGCAGGAACUCAGUGAGGAAGCGGAGGCAGAUGAAAAAGGCGAGGGCGAGGAGAAGGAGCAGGAAGUUGAUGCUGAACAGGAGGAAGAUGAUGAGGGCGAAGGAGAGGAGGAGGAGGAGGAGGAGGAUGAGGAGGAGCAGGAGAAGGAGGAGGAGGAGGAGGAGGAGGAGGAUGAGAAGGAGGAGGAGGAGGAGGAGGAGCAGGAAGAUGACGAAGGUGAACAAGCAGAGGAGGAGGAGGUGCACGAAGUCGAUCCGGAAGUGGAGCCAGAUGAGGAGUCGAGACCUGCCAACAUGGAGACCAUGCUUUCCAUUGGCAAAAUGGAGAUCCUUCAGAGCAUCUUCCAGGGAGAGAAAACGUUGGAGAUCCGCAACCGGCAACUACGGCCUGGCCGCACCUGGGUGUGUCUCAAGGACCGAGUCUACGGCACCGUGGAUGUGGGCAAGCCCUUCCGCAUCUCUGACCCGAAGUUAUGGAAAGCCAGGAAAGCUGACCACUGCGUGCAGAGCAACGUGCCAAUGUACGGAGAGAAGACGUGGGCCAACCCCGUGUCCAACCCUCGUAAGCUCCCAAAGCCUCUUGCCUUUUAUCGCAAACACGGGGCCAUCGGCUCUGUCAAGUACAGGCCAGCGGAGGGAGCCAAGAACAAGAAGGAAGACAAGAAGGGUGAGGAGACGAACGAGGAAGGUGACCAGUCUCAAAGCACCACUUCGGCGUCCGCUCCCAAGAAGUAUGCCGUGGCCACUCUGUCCCGCACCCUCAUGGACAGAGUGCGGGAGGCAGCCAAUCAGAAGCUGAAGAGCUUCGAGCUCCUCACCACCAGCAGAUACACUGCUGGUGGUGAGAUGCUUCUGGUGCAGACCAAGACGGAUAACAAGGUGGCUAUCCAGGCCUCGCUUGUGCAGCACAGGCGGCUGACGACCACCUGGGAGCUCACCAAGGCUGCUGCCUACAAGCAGGCCACGGCACCCGAACAGACGGCGUGGAAAGCCAGGUUGCACCAACACCUGGCCGUCUACAGCUGUCGGCUCAGCAACCUCCGAGCCCCGUCGACAAAUAUACGACUUCGGGGCGGCCACGGCUGCAGGAGGACGGUGGCCGUGGAAUCCGAUGUCGUGGAGGAGGAAGCCACUCCGAAGGCAGAGAUCCCCGCUCUCAGCCUCCGGGACACAGCUCGCUACUUUUUGCAGCGUCUGUCGGAGGCAGAUCGAGGGAAGCUGAGCGCUAACGUCAAAGGGCUGAAUGGCUGCGAAAUCAAGCUGGGCAGCACUUGCUCAGGGACAGAUGUGUGCACGAACGUGUUCAAGCACACGCUGCAGUUCCUGGCCGAGCAACACCAGGUCUCCAUCAGCGUCAAACAUGUGCUGGCAGUGGAGCUGGAUAAAGGCAAGCGCGAUUUUCUGAUGCGCGCACACAAGCCCACCUUCUGCCUUUUCGAAACGGUGGACAUGUUCGCCAAGGGCAAGACUGCAUUCUGCCACACGUGCCGGCGAGUACACGAGGCGCCUGACGUCGACGUUCUUGUGGUCGGCUCCAGCUGCAAGUCCAUUUCAAGGAUGAACAACUCGCGGACAGACUACCAGGAUUGCUACCAGAAAGGCAAGGGCUGUUCUGGGAGCACGUACCAGAAUGGUGUCCUGCAAGCGAGCAAAGAGUUGGCUCCAGCCCUUCUCUUCUUUGAGCAAGUCGUAGGCAUUUUGGAUUCGCCGGUGCAGAAGAACGGCAAGAGAAAGACUCCUUUGGUCCAGGCCGGUCGGGGAACAUGA